AACGUGACUGGUCGCCCAAAAUGACUCGCUUCACAUAUACCGUUUUUGCCACUUCAUAGCCAUCAGCGAAAAUAUAUCCUACAAUUCUUGUGCCUAAAACAGAAUGUACGCCUUAGAGCGUAGUAAGUAUAUGGCGCAGCAAGAGAGUGGUGUGCCGGAGGGAAGGUAGGAUUACCGUUGGUUUGUUUCAGGGUGGAGAAGAAAGGGCGUCCUGAUGAGUCCUACCAGUGUCUCAGCGUCCGGUGAGGUUGUCGCACGCAAGCCUUUCACCUCUCCCUACCAGUCACUCAAUUACACAACGUUGUGACCAGAAAUUAGCGAGAGACUAUAAUUAGUUAUUAAAUGAAUAUAUAAGAACUCGUAAAGACAGGAAUCAAUGGGGUUGAGGUACGACACCUUACUAGUGUGUGUAAUAUUAACGUCGGUGCUACGGGGAGAGUGUUCUGUGCCAGCGGCCACCUCAGAGUUACCAGCAUGGACCCUUCAUGAUUGCCCACUACCCAGCCGACCUUAUCGUCAUCCCGUCAGUCUACACAGACCUGGCUGGCUGAACCUGAAGAAGCAGGUGUCCCUCUCCCCAAAGUUCUGGUUGUCGUUCUAUGGCGUCACCCACAACAUGGAGGCGUGCGGGCUCCGAGCCGGGGUGGUGUACCAAGUCGUCUCCUCCACCCUCCCCAAUACCUUGCAAUUCCUCGAGCAGCGGGACGAUGACGACGACACCCAGCCAGAAGCCUCAGACUGUAAGGACGAGUUCAUGGUGUUGAGCAAUGGCUCCUACGGCUUUAUCUCCUGCAAUCAGAACAGACAAAAGGCGACGGAGGCGGCGUGGGCGUGGUGGGGCACAGUACCGUACCCCUAUAUCACCAUCGUGCUGAUCAGUGUGGGCGUGGCCAUGGGCGUGGUAUUGUUGGUAGGCCUAGGGGUAGGCGUGGCCUGGCGACGCCGCUCCAGAGGUAACGCUCAGUUAGCCUAGAAAACCGAGACCUAUCACCCACUUCCCACAGAAAAUGAGAUCUUGAAGCGUCAGUUUCUUCACGAGUAACUACCCUAGAAAUUAAUUUAAUCCGUAUCUGUUUGAAUAUAUAGGUAACCCUUUAAGAAUUUGGUCACAAUUUCCAUAAACUCCUUAUGUAAACAAGGCUAUGAGAAGUAAUAUAUGAUCAAUUUCAGCUCUAGGGGGCUCCAGCUCCUCUCACUGUUUUGCAAACAAAAAUGGCCUUGAGGAGGGUUCUGUGCUUGUUGUAAUUGUAGUAACCAUUCCGAAACUUCAUCUUACCAGCACUAAUAGCAUGACACACUCGGUGUUCCUACAAGCUAUGUGAUUGGCCAUAAUAAUAAUAUCCUCUACCAUUAGUGGGCUUUUCUCCCUUGAUGCACCAGUUUCAAACCCGCCUGGCGCUUGUUUACAUUAGCUGAGCUGCGAGAACCGAUUGAUUUGGCCCAGAACCAGUUAAACGGAACCCCAGCCUCGAACCAGCAUCAGGGGAACGUCUCUUCUCCAGCAAUACAAGCUACCCUGACGCCAGGUACCUGCUGCUUCUCGCCACACAAGACACCUUUUUCAACAUAGGUACUUCCACAUUCAAGCAGCUACCCUACUGUACAUUAUAUGAAGGGUUUUAUAGUUUGUGUCAAGAGCAGGCUAAGUGAUAAUAAAAAUAUGUAUCUCACAGGAUGGUUAAUCAUACAGGAAGAUGUGAUAGUAGCCUGCAGUGGCAAACUUUAGGUGCAUUAUAAGGGAGUGAAGAACAGGGAAGUAAAUAUAUAUUUCAAAGUUACCGGUACCUCAUACCGGCAGGUUAAUGAAUGCACAUUCAAUAAUGUAGUGUGUGAGAUCAUGACCCGGUUCCUGCUCACAGAGUUUACACGUGGAGUGGUCAGGAAUGGGAGAGUUGUAGCCCAACCUGUCCUCUUACAAAGAACGUCAAAUUUCGAUCGUAUGCGUUACAUAAAACCAAAAAUUGUACUUGAAAAUGGAAGCGGCUCGCGAAAGCGACGUUCUGUUCCGUUUCAUAUUUUGGAU